GCGUAUUCUUCGCAAGUGAAUCAAUAGAGUGACUAAUUGGUUGAUAAACGCUCGCAGCAAUCCAACUCGGAGAGACCUUUUUCCCCCUCUCUCGGUUGUCCGUCUUCGUAAAACUCUUGGAGCAAGUUGGACGUUCGGCUGACUACAUUGUAAAGAAGAGGUUUCUCAGACCAGAAUCGCGCACAAACCAAAAGGAAUAAAAGAUAGUGUGACCGACCUUGCUUGUCCAUCUCUUCAGAAGAUAUUUUAUAUACCACGGCAGACCAGACCAUCAAACAUUUUGAUGCUUUCUACUCGUACGAGCUGGCAUUUUCUCUUGAUUUCUUCAGCUAAAUCUGAUAUACUGCAUCUUGGUUUGCCAGUGACAAAUGGAAUUUAAUCACUAGUAGUUUAAAGCUGAAUGAUUUUGACAUAAAACUGAGAUGUUUCACUAUUCUAAAUAACUUUUUUGUUUUUCAACCUUUUUUUCAUCACGUGCAUGGUCGAAACCCGAGGGACGAAAGAAUGAACUCGACACCAAAUUAAACAAAUACUACCUCAGUACUUAUUCUGAAAAAAAAAUAUAUAGAAAUUUUGCUUAUCAGGAGCGGAUGUGUUAGCAACAGGUAAUUGUGAGGUAAUUCGAUCGGACAUUACUUAAGUACAUUCUGUGUUUACAACUUGGAAAGUCAUAGUCUUGUAAAGGACAUCGUGAAAACUUCAUCGUGGCUCGUUUUGACCUUUUCCGAUCUCCUCCUCAUCCUCCUCCACCUCCACCACCACCUCCUCAUCCGAUGCUCAGAGACACGAAAUCGCUGAUGAACCACCAUCACCAGGACAUGGACCGAAUCGACAUCCGAACCUUGUCGCUGCUCCGAGGUCCUCUGACCGAAAAAGGCGCACGGAAGCCCAAGUGCGCCCGAUGCCGAAACCACGGCAUGAUCUCCUGGCUCAAAGGGCACAAGAGACACUGUCGGUUCCGGGACUGCCGCUGUGCCAAAUGCAACUUGAUCGCAGAGAGACAGCGUGUUAUGGCGGCUCAAGUGGCCCUAAAGAGACAACAAGCAGCAGAAGACGCCAUCAUUCUUGGUCUCCGGGCCUGCUCGCCCAGUGGGCCGUACAACUAUCUCCCUCAAGGUCCAAUCUUCGGCAAUGCCCCUCCAGGAAGCACAGACGGGGGCAACGUCGACGAAGACGAUGAUGAUGACGAUGAUGACAUGGGGCAGACAAGUGACUCACCACUCGAUGAUGUCGAAUUGCCGCCUUCACCAGAGCACGAGAAGACAGAAGUGAUGAGAGAAAUGAAAGAAGACAUAGAACGUGAGUCUCCUACAACAAGUGUCCCAGAGCUACCGAAGAAGAUCGUGGAGAAGCAUGAACCACCAGAACCCUCUGAGAAACCAACCGAAGACGGUGAGGAACCGAAGAAAAAGGCUAAGACUUCUGGACCUUUGGACACCUUCAAUGGCAUGGCAUCCAGCUUCGUGUCGCCGUUCCGUCCAGGACGGUUAUCGCCGACGGAGAUCCUGACACGGUUGUUCCCCCACCAACGCAAAGCUGUUCUGGAGUUGGUCCUGCAAGGAUGCAGCGGUGAUUUGGUCAAAGCCAUUGAGCACUUCCUCAGCGCCGGGGAAUCCGCAAAGAACAACGGCAGUGCCUCCUCGCGAUCGGAACACGCCUCGCACUCUUCAGAAAAGGACCAGAACGAAGCGUAUCACAUCCCGUCUGGACUUCCUACGGUUCCAGGACUUGGUUCUUCGAUCUUCCGCACACCAAUGCACGCUGACAAGCUAGGUGUCGGUAGCAUGAAGUCGGCUUUUACUCCCCUCCCACCUGCUAGCUCAGCGCCUCUUCCUCUUCUCUUUUCGCACAGACCGCCAAAUCCUUUCCAAGCAGACGCUCUCCUUGGUCGUACCCCUAUAUUCGCCCCUUCUAGUCUGAGUGACCUACACGUUGGUGCUGCUGGACCUGGUCGUUUCGUAUUCCCAGCCAUGCACCCGCUCAAUCUCUCUGGAAAGUUAGCGGCGGCAGCCAGUGAGGGAUAUCCCAGGUAUGUCUUUGCACCCUAUGGAACAUGUCCGCCAGACUACACGCAGUACCCGAGCCUCCAUAGCACCAGAGCUCCAGCCGGAAGCACCGGAAGUGAUUCCGAAAAGAGUCCGGGUGCCAUUGCUGACCUUUCGGUCACGAGCAACGUUGAUUCAGAUUGAGAUUAGAAUGACUUUUAAAAACUGUAUAUCGGACACGUGAGAGCACGAAACCACGGACUUGAUCUAUUUCAUGUUAGCAGAACAAGCUACAUUCCAGAGUUUUUUGAGGUUUUGUUAAGCAGAAAAUUAUUGAAACAUGAGCUGACCUCCCGGAAUGUGACGUCACGGGAUAUUACAAUUUCCCAUGUCAUCUUUAAAAACGUGACUUUGAAAUGUGCCAAAGCAUCUUGUAAGCAAAACUGAUUUAUAUACCAUUGUUUGUCUUAAGUAUUUACGAAUGCCCUCCUUUGGCUUAAUAAGUU